CCGCCAGUCGGAGUGAGAGCGCAGCGCCGGGCGAUUGUGCUGGGCUGGCAGUGCGAGACACGAGCCCUCCCCCGCUUUCGCUCGUGGCUUUUGCCACUCUCUCUGCACCAUACACACUCAUAGUGCCACCUCUAACAACCAGAGAAGAGCUGUCAGCUGCAUUCCGCAAGCCGUAGAAACUUACCUGUCAUUUAUUUUAUUUAUUUUUUUUUUAUUUGGACGCCGGCUUUGCGUGAAGCAUGUGGGAAGAAGACUGGCAGUUGAAGGCGGACGCAUAACUGCUCCGGUCGUGUGAGGGGCGGUGGGAGGGAAGGUUAGGAAUUAUUCUGACAAAGAAUUAGCGUGUGCAACAGCUAUUACACAAUAUACAGCUGGUGUUUUAGCAAAGAAGAUUAUUCACACAAGGGUAUCCCUUGUGCGUCGCAUGUGACUGGUUUCUUCAUCAACAAUGCAUCUCUUGCAUAAUAUUGUUGCUGGCGAGGUCCGACGAUGACUGAGCACCCAGACUCAAUCAACCCGGACCUGUGAAGAACACAGCUUCCGAUGGUGACAGAAAUUAUGGAACCUUUGGACAUCAAUCGAAGGAAACUUGUCUGAAGAGGACUGUGGCCUAUGGGAGUGUCGAUGAUGCGGCCGCUGAGGGUGGCUCCGGCGCACCUCACCCUCUCCCUCCUGCUGCUGUUUCUGGCACUGUCAGCGCUGCCUGUGCAGGGCAGCGCGCGAGGUGGAGGAGAGCAACCGCGUUACGAUACGGUUUACGCCUGUGAGGGUAAGGUGCUCGCCAUCCGCUGCACCGACGGAAACCUCAUCCAUCUGAUCCGCGCCAACUACGGCCGCUUCUCCAUCACCAUCUGCAACGAACACGGGAAUACAGAGUGGAGCGUUAACUGCAUGUCGCCAAAGUCGCUACGCGUGCUGCACAACAGAUGUAGCCAGCAGCAGAACUGCAGUAUUGUUGCUGCUACAAGUAUGUUCGGGGAUCCUUGCCCGGGCACUCUAAAAUACUUAGAGGCCCACUACCAGUGCAUGCCAGCGACGACGACGACGGACCGGCCGAGCCCGCCCUGGCUGACGACGUCGCAGCCGUCGCCCUGGAGCACGGUGCGCGUGGAGGCGCCGCUGCCGCCGCCCCCGCCCCCGCCACAGGACACGGCGACGGUGGUUCCUCCCAGCACGUCUACAGGUCGCACCGGCUCGGCUGCAGCUGCGGCGGCGGCGGCGGCGGCCGCAGCGGCGGCGGCGGCGCCGCCGUCGCACUUCCCUCCGGAGGAGCUGUCGCGGCUGUGCCCCGCGGUGACGGCGCGCAACCUCUUCUGGAACUGGACGUGGGCGGGCGACGUGGCCGAGCAGCCGUGCCCCGGCGGCUCCACGGGCCGCGCGCGCUGGCAGUGCCGCCGGCGCGACGACGGGCCGCCGCUGUGGGCGGCCGACGCGCCCGACCUCUCCGACUGCCACACGCUCUGGUUCACCAACCUCGAGACGCGCAUGACGCACGGAGACUCCAUCACCACCAUCGGCAACGAGCUGGCACAGGUAACAGAGAGUGUGCCCCUCUAUGGGGGAGACAUGCUGGCUGCUGCUGAAAUUACACGGAAACUGGCCGGAAAGAUGUCUUCCGAUAUCUCGACUUUCCCCGACCCUCGACAGCGUGAGGCCAUUGUCACAGAACUUUUGUACAGUGUCAUCCGCACGGGCAGCAACUUGUUGGAAUGUUCUCAUCACCAGAGCUGGAAGGACCUAACAUACAAGCAGCAACUCCAGGUUGCAACUGAAAUGCUAAUGGGCCUUGAAGAAAAUGCAUUCUUGCUAGCUGAGACUGUGCGCCGUGAGAAGAGGGUUGUCCAGACCGUCAAGAACAUAUUGCUGAGUGUAAGAGUAAUUCCACUUGCCCAAGUCAGUGAAGUGGAGGUGUUUCCUCUGUCAGAAACUCACGUUCCAUGGCCAAUAUCGCAGAACUGGGUAGAACUUCCAAGAAUGUCUGUUCUGGAAAACAGUGACGGAGGAUUUGUACGCAUAGUAUUUGCAACUUUUGAUCGAUUAGAUGAGGUCCUGCAGCCGAGGAAUCGGUCUCAAAGAAUCAAUUCUAAAAUUAUUGCAGCUUCUCUUGGGAAAGGAAAGCACAUACAACUAUCAAAACCUGUGAAAAUAAUUCUACAGCAUAUUGAUACAAGCAGCAACCUCACAAAUCCUUCGUGUGUUUUCUGGGAUUAUGUAAAUGGGGCAUGGUCUGAUGAAGGCUGUCAAGUUGAAAAGACUAAUGCAACUCAUACCCUGUGUGUAUGUGACCAUUUAACCAACUUUGCCAUACUGAUGGAUGUGCGUUCUGUAAAAAUUGAGGCCGCGCACGAGUUUGUGUUAUCGUUCAUAACUUAUGUGGGCUGUAUCAUCUCUGUUGUGUGCCUGGCCCUGGCAUUUCUCACCUUUCAAAUUUUCCGUGGACUCAAGUCGGAUCGUACAACAAUCCACAAGAAUUUAUGCAUCUGUCUUUUAAUUGCGGAAGUAGUAUUUCUGUUUGGCAUUGGCCAAACGCAGCAUCGUGUAAUUUGUGGUGCUGUCGCAGGGCUUCUGCAUUUUUUCUUCCUCUGUGCGUUUGCGUGGAUGUUCCUUGAAGGGUUUCAGCUUUAUGUGAUGCUGAUUGAAGUAUUUGAAGCUGAAAAAUCACGCAUUCGGUGGUAUUACACAUUCGCCUAUGGAGCACCUCUAAUAAUUGUAGCUGUGUCUUGCAGUGUUGACCACAUGAGUUAUGGAACUGAAAAAUACUGCUGGCUUCGUGCAGAUAAUUUCUUCAUAUUCAGCUUUGUUGGACCUGUUAUAGCUGUGAUACUUGCAAAUCUAGUCUUCUUGAGUAUGGCAAUAUACAUGAUGUGUCGUCAUGCAAGUGCGUCAGCAUCGAUGAAGAGCAAAGAACACUCGAGGCUUGCCAGUGCCAAUGGGAAGGAGGAGAAUGCUCUCCAGAACAAAUUGCAAUCACACCUGUCAUGGCUGAGGGGAGCUAUUGUCCUUGUUUUCUUGCUUGGACUUACCUGGACCUUCGGAUUACUCUACUUGAAUGAAGAAUCACUUGCAAUGGCAUAUAUAUUUACAACACUGAACAGUUUUCAAGGAAUGUUUAUCUUCAUUUUUCACUGCAUUCAGAAUGACAAGGUGCGAAAGGAAUACAGGAAGCUGGUGCGGAGGUACCCGUGGCUGCAGUGUAGGAAGAAGAGCAGCAGGAGCGGAGCAGCCAAGGAGCACGGAGGACGUGGCAUGGCUUCCGGAUCGGGCUCGGGAUCUGGUUCGGGCUAUGCUGCCAACAAUCCCAACUCUCACUCGACGGACAGUUCGGCCCUGUCACCGCACGGCACUAGCAACAUUUCGUUUAAAUCGUACAGCCGUGAUUCUGGACACGGUGGCUCUGAGCAAGAGGACUCUGGGACAAGUGCUAACCCGAGUACGUUACGUCUGCAACCGGCUGUGCGGGACAGGGAAGCCCGUACUGCUGGGAAUGUCGGUGGAGCACCACGUUCUCCUAGUCCCUGGAACCACACUUACACCGAAAUCCGUGAUGCCGAUCCCGUCUACGAGGAGGUCGGGCGACGAGCAGGUGUCGUGCCUGUGCACGGAGGUGCAGGAAGUAGUUCACGGCGGCGUGGUGGAGGUGCGGGUACAACUGCUGGGACACUGAGGGGUGGUAGCGUCGGCGGCCUGGACCACAGGCCACUAAUCUCGGGUGGCGAUCGUGACACGACUACACCACGUGCACGCAAUGCUCGCACAGUUGCUGUACUUGACGGUGAGACAGUCGUUUGCCAUCUGGAACCUGAACGUUACGAUUCAUGUGAUUACGAUCCACGUGACUACGAAGCUAAUAGUUACGAUUACGGCAUCGGUGGCUACGACCCUCGCGACUACGACACUCGUGACUAUGGAAUUCAUGGGUACGAUCCACACGAUUGUGAAGAGCAGCAUCAGCAGACACAGCCACAACUACAGUCACAGCCACAGUCACAGUCACAGCCCCAGCCACAGUCCCAGACCCAGACACAGUCACAUCCACACUCACAAUCAGAUCCGCAGUCACAGUCACAGUCAGAUUCACAGCCGCAGCCACAGCCACAGCCACAUUCACAUUCACAUCCACACCCACAUCCACAUCCACAUGGACAUGGACAUGCACAUGCACAUGCACAUGCACAUGCACAUGCACAGUCUCAGCCACAGUCACAACCACAGCCACAGUCACAGUCACAGCCCCAAUCACAGCCACAGCAACAGUCUCACCAUCACCACCACCACCAUCGCCGGCGGCAUCACCACCGUGAGCACCGCGAACAUCGUGAACACCGGUAUCCUUAUGGGUCUCCGGCAGACACAGCCUACAGCGAAUGUUAGGCAACUACUUUCUGUGGAAUGAGUCUCGAUCUUGUGAUGAGAAAUAAUUGGUCGAAUCCCUGCCACUGUAUGCUGAAACUAGGAAUAAGUAGGUUGUGCUUGAUACUGUCUGAAAACGUGUAAUAAUAUGCAUUAUCUUUCAUUGUAUGGCCAUCCCUUGCUCUUCCUGCUCAGUGAACUGUAGAAGUUUUGGGUACUUUCGAUGUGAUUUGGUGUUGGUCACCUAAAAAUGAAGUGUAAUAAUUUCACAAUUAGUGUACUCCAAAGUUUUAAAUGUGAAAUCCUUCAGGAGAGAUCCACAAUGAGAAUGGUGACUAAAGAUGUAAUAUAAGAGACAUCUGUGAUCAAACAACGCAGAUGGACACACAUUCCUUUAUGUCGGUGUCGAGGUUGAUGGAAGCCUCUCCUACUCACUGAUCACGCAUUUCUUCCGUUACCUGAUGCCACUCCCUUCCCCCUAGCUGACAAAUAGAAAAUGAUGGCUUAUCUGAUGCUACCCCUCCUUAGUUGUAGAAUCGUAUAUGUUCCCCUGGUUUUAUCGUGCUGUGUGUUCUCUUUGUGUAACUGCGUAAGUUAACAUGGAUGUCAAAUUAUGCAAAUUUGUGUAAAACUACUGAUUGUCAGUCAAUGUUACAUUAUAUAAAAUUUAUAUGUUCAGAGCAGAGUUGUAAACUGGAUGUUAUAUUAUAUAAGAUAUGUAUCCACAUUAAAUGCAUAUGAAUUGAACUAAAGGAGACCACUGGUAGUCAGUUUCAGAAACUGAGUGAAAUGUAGGUUCUGCAAGAGCUGACUGCCGUGAAUUCCUUGGUUUGGUCUGUAUUUGUUGUAUGUUGUAGUGAAAUGUGUGACAAUUAUCUUCUGUGUGUACCAAACUCCCACAAAAAGUGUAAUAUCAGUACCCUUCCUCCUGACUUACUGUGCAUCGGAAUACUGUAAAUUUUUGUGUCAUUUCCCUACCCCUUGCGAUUCCCGUAAGAUGUAACCGAAGUAAUGUUUUCUGAGAAUGGAAUGUAUCUAUAUAUGUAUGUAAUGUAAAUAAAUGUCAGAUAAGUCACCUGGAAAGAUAAAUUACUGUGUUUAGUUGAGAAUGAUUUCUGGACUCGGCCAGGUUGUAUUUGUCUGAAAGACUGUUAACAGUUAUGUAACGGACAAUUUGAGAUUGCACAACUGUUUGAAAUAAAUUAUUUAAGAGUU